CAUUUUCAAUUCGACCAGCAUCCAAAUUGUAACAACAAAAUUUAAAAUUUUAUUAAAAUCAAAAUAAAUUUUUUUUCUGUUUUAUUUCACAAUGUGUUCUCCUUGCGGACCGUGCAGCCCCUGUGAUCCUUGCUGUGGACCUUUCGAGUGCUCGCCAAAGUGUUACAAUGCCGCGCAGUUGGAAGCCUUGCCGCAAUGUGCACCGCGCAUUCCACCGCCAUUUCCCAAGUGCAUAACUGUACAGCAGCCUCCGCGCCUUAUAUGCAAAAAACGAGUUGUAUUUACGGAGAAGAUUGUGCCAGAGCCUAUGGUUGUAAAUCGUUGUCGUCAAAUUACUGUUCCUAAAGUGGUAGAUGCGACUCGGGUUAUCAAAGUUCCAAAACUCAUUUGGGUCUCGCAAAUGGUUCGCGAGCCUCGUGUAAUAUAUUAUCCGUCCAUGAUACCUGAUCCCUAUGUUGUUUGCUAUCCGAAGCGUGUAUGCGAACCUAGAGAAGUUUGCCAGUCCAUAUUGUGCCAGCCGAAACCACAAACUAUCGAUAUACCACCGCCACGCGAGUACUGUUGCUACCCGAACGGGCCAAUAAACUACAAGCCCAGUGCCGCUUGUCCACCGUGCCCAAUCGGUCCAUGUGCACCAGGUGGCGCUUGUUGUCCACUUCCUUGCUUCUCAACAAAUCAAUAUCCAGUGUGCGAGACUCGCUGUGGACCUUGUGGGCCUUGUGGACCGUGUGGACCAGGUCGUUGUGGACCGUGUGGACCAGGACGUUGUGGACCAUGUGGACCCUGUGGUGGACCAUGUGGUGGACCAUGUGGGCCCUGUGGUGGACCCUGCGCUGUGCCAAAUUGCGGUCCGUGUGGUUUGACAAUGCCUUCAGGGCCUUUUAUACCCGCACCUUGUGGUCCGUGCGGAACAGGCUGUGGACCAUUGGGAAAUGGACCUUGUGGUCCUUGCGGACCGUGUGGACCUUGUUCACCCCCCUGCCCCUACGAAUCGCCGGAGUGUGGACCCUGUUAUCCUUGCGCUCCAACGCCAUGGAACACGCAUUGUGGACCCGUCGGGCCGUGUGGUCCUCAAGUUCCCUGCGGUCCCUGUGGUCCUUGUUAAUUAUCACACAUCUAAAUGGAACACUCGACAGUGACAAAAUUGAUAUUACUAACGCGUAAAUAAAUUAGCUAAUCUUCUGUUCGAUUAUGCCUAUGCAUGACCAAAAAAUAUUAUUUGGCUGGGGCUGAUGAAGACGCGCUAGUGAGCUAUAAUAUAAAUUGUGGUAUGAAUGUGUGCACAAGCAAAUCAAUGCGUGAGUGGACCCAAUCACCACAGGCUCGUCAUUGCUGUGAAUAAUGCACAGCUUUAUUAUAAUGCUGUGAGGACCUAUUUCCGAAGCAAAGGGAAUGUCUUAAUUUUUUUAUGCCAUAUUUAUUAGAUUGAUCCUUGCAUGUGAAAUUCUAAGUAUUUCCUGAGCUCUUGUGCAUUGAAAAUCUGGAUUUCAAUGUCUUUAUUAAUUUAAUUUAUUGUCAUAACUCCUGAGGUUUUAAGUCAUCUUUGAUGUUAACGUCAUUUCGUUUCCUUUGAAUCUUGAGUUAAAAACAUUUUAUUGGGGCGUAUUCUGUUAUAUUUUGGAAUUUGUUUCAAUAAAAAUAAUUUCUGCAUCACAAUUUCGAGGCAAACUUA